UGCGAGUUAUCGUAAUUGUUUCAUUGUAAUAGAUUGAGCUUGAAUCUCAACCUCUGCUGCCAUUUGUGUCCAGGACUUUGCGCGAAAGGUCUAUGCACCUAAAUAAAUAUUAUAUUUCUUUAAAAUGGACGACGAAAAUGUAGUCACAAAUACGAUGUACCAUAUGCAGAAGUUCUCGUGGAUCGACUACGUUGUUUUUGUGUUCAUGUUGGCUAUUAGUGCGUUUGUAGGCGUCUAUUGGGGUUUCUUCAAAACGCAAACAACUCAAAAUGACUAUCUACUUGGUGGUAGAAAUAUGAAAGUUAUUCCUGUUUCAAUGUCACUGGUAGCUAGCUUCGUAUCAGGUAUAACUUUGCUUGGAUCUCCAACCGAAGUUUACAUGUAUGGUACACAAUACGGCUACAUUAUGGGCGGAAUUUUUCUCAUGUCGAUAGUUAUGACACAGGUUUAUCUUCCAGUAUUCCAUGGGCUCAAGAUUACGUCCAAUUAUGAGUACUUAUCCAUGAGGUUUGAUAAUCGAGUACGGUUGUUUGGAUCCUUCUUAUUUGCUUUUACUCUGAUAGGCUGGUUACCAAUCGUUAUUUAUGUACCCGCACUGGCGUUUAAUCAAGUGACCGGUGUUGACAUUCACGUUAUAACUCCAAUCGUGUGCUUAGUUUGUAUAUUUUACACCAGCGCUGGUGGCCUUCAAGCGGUAGUUUGGACGGACGUAAUCCAAAUAACAGCUAUGGUCGGCGCAAUGGCACUGGUGGCCAUUAAAGGAACGGUCGAUGUCGGUGGCGUGGGUGUCGUGUGGCAACGAAACAUGGAUACUGGGAGAAUAGAAGCUCCCAAUUGGGAUCCUAAACCUACAGCACGUCAUACAAUAUGGAAUCUGGUGUUUGGAGGUCUAAUAUACUGGUUACAAGCGAAUGCAGUGAAUCAAACCAUGGUCCAGCGUUAUCUAGCCUUGCCUACUUUAAGAGGUGCAAAAUGGGCAGUAUGUUUAUUCUGUAUUGGAAUAUCGAUACUUUAUUGCUUCUGUUUGUAUUGCGGUCUACUAAUAUAUGCACGAUUUUAUGAUUGCGAUCCAUUGCAGACAAAGCUAGCGAAAGCAAAGGAUCAAUUACUUCCGCUACUAGUCAUGGAUGUACUCGGUGGCAUACCAGGCUUGCCAGGAAUAUUUGUAGCUGGUAUAUUUAGUGCAGCUCUGAGCUCUCUUUCUACGAGCCUUAACUCUAUGUCAGCUGUAGUUUUGGAGGAUUUCUACAAGCCAUUCUUCAAGAAGAGGUUAACGGACAGGCAGACAAACUGGGUUUUAAAAUCAGUCGUGAUAGGUUUGGGAGCGCUUAGUUUAGCUCUUGUAUUUGUUGUAGAGAAAAUGGGAACUAUUUUACAAUUAACUAUGACGUUGGAAGCUAUGACAAUGGGACCACAAUUGGGUGUUUUCUCAAUGGGGAUUUUAAUGCCAUGGGUGGAUGCUACGGGUGCUUUAGUGGGUGGUAUAGUAGGUCUCGCUAUAAUGGCUUGGUGGUGUCUCUCGGCACAAUUGGCGAUCGCCCGCGGUCUCAUCGUCCACCCACACAAACCCCUUACUACUGAAGGAUGUCUGUACAAUUAUACUAUCGCUGAUAUUGUUAUUACUCCACCCACAGAAAGUGCUGAAUUACAUCCAGUUUUGCACGUAUCCUACAUGUGGUAUACAUUCGCUGGUGCUCUAAUGACAAUCUUUGUUGGUGUUAUGGUGUCAAAGGCAAACAAAUGGUGGGGCAAAGUCCACGUGCCUCCUGAUCCUAAGCUUCUUGCACCACAAAUGAGAAGACUGUAUAGAGAACCACCUCAUCCAAGAGACGAACCUUUUAUAAGGGCAUAUGGUAAUAAGGAUAAUAUCACGAAUUCUACUUCAAUGAACAUGAAGCCUUUGACGCAGAGAGAAGAAAUAAGUUGAAGAUAUUGAACUUAUUGUUAAAUUAUUUUUAGGCAUAUUAAUAAAUAUUUAAGGUAUUGCUUUGUA